UGGAAGCCCGAGGACUUAGACAACAUGAAGAAGGUCCGCCUGCCCGCCAAGCACAUCUGGCUGCCCGAUGUGGUGCUCUACAACAACGCCGACGGCAUGUAUGAGGUCUCCUUCUACUCCAACGUGGUGAUCUCCUACGAUGGCAGCAUCUUCUGGCUGCCACCAGCCAUCUACAAGAGCGCGUGCAAGAUCGAGGUGAAGCACUUCCCCUUCGACCAGCAGAACUGCACCAUGAAGUUUCGCUCCUGGACCUACGACCACACCGAGAUCGACCUGGUGCUCAAGAGCGACGUGGCCAGCCUGGACGACUUCACGCCCAGCGGCGAGUGGGACAUCGUGGCGCUGCCAGGGCGGCGCAAUGAGAACCCCGACGACUCCACCUACGUGGACAUCACCUACGACUUCAUCAUCCGGCGCAAGCCGCUCUUCUACACCAUCAACCUCAUCAUCCCCUGCAUCCUCAUCACCUCCCUGGCCAUCCUGGUCUUCUACCUCCCGUCCGACUGCGGCGAGAAGAUGACGCUCUGCAUCUCCGUCCUGCUCGCCCUCACCGUCUUCCUGCUGCUCAUCUCCAAGAUCGUGCCGCCCACCUCGCUGGACGUGCCCCUGGUGGGCAAAUACCUCAUGUUCACCAUGGUGCUGGUGACCUUCUCCAUCGUGACCAGCGUGUGCGUCCUCAACGUGCACCACCGCUCGCCCACCACGCACACCAUGCCGCCCUGGGUCCGCACCCUCUUCCUCCGCAAGCUCCCGGCGCUGCUCUUCAUGAACUUGCAGCAGGAGGACCAAAUUUGGGCAACAACCUCCAGCAGGCACAGGACCAGGGCAGCCCAGGACACUCCAGUCUCUACAAGCCUUUACCCUGUCCGGCCACAGCACAUCUGGGCACGGGAGUCCUUCCCCUACCUCUCGGCGGGGGCAGAGCGCUCGGCACUGCACGCGGCAGGGAGACACACAAGCCCGAAGCACAGCAAGAGCGAAGGGCUCGCUCCCACUUAA